ACUACCACCAUGACUGGCUAUUGCUAGACCAAGCUCAACUGUAGCAUGUGCAAAAGCUGCAGGACGAAAUCAAAUCGCCGGAAGAUUGGGCUGGGGGUUACACGAAGGGGAAACGCAGAUAUUUCCACGGGGUUUGGCCUCUAAUUUACACAAACACUUUCUUCUUCUCUUUUUUUUUAAUCACAAAACUAUUCUCAAAAUGAGCGUCGGAAUUACGGCAUGGCACCAUUAUAAAAGGUAUACACUACAGUAAGCGGUAAUAUGGUGAGCCUUUCCAAGAGAUCCGGCUCACUAAAAAGAGCCGAAAUUCCCAUCCCUAAUUCCCUGGUUGUUUUUAUCAUUGGUGUGACCAGAAUUUUUUUCAAUAUCGCCGUUUUUCAGAAUACCCUGCUGCUAUGUAUAAACAUGGCCUAACCAUGACGCACUUUAUAAUAGAGCACCUUACCACCCACUGAAUCACAGGGUCAGUCCCUCUCUGCCUGCAUGCCAUACACCCCUCAGUACAUUCAUGUGAACUUUUUAUUUGUUUUUAUUUAGUAUCUUAUUGUCCAUAUUAUUCAUAUAGAUUUUAGCGAAGAGUGACUGACAGUUAUGUAUUUGUGUUUACAGGAGGAUCUGGUGGCCGCAGGGAAAACCUUAUUUGGCAAGCAAAGCUUUUCCUCCUUCCAGGGCCAGAUAGUGAUUUUCUGCCCCCAACAAAAACACUUGAUGAACUUGCUAAACUUGGAUUAGGAAAACCUGUGCAAGAUUCAGCAGACAGCCGCACAAACUCGAAGAUUGGGUUGAACUGGAGUCUAGCGGAAUUAAACAGCUUUGUUUGUCACAGCUACCCUCACAUAAGCUUAAAUUUGGUUGGGUUUGAAUUGGCAAGAACAGGCAAAGGACGCAAAAUCCAGAUAUUGAAUGUUAGUUCUGUGAGGGAACUAAAAACAGCUGUUGGCAAAAGCAGACUUUACAUCGUGCCACGAGCCACUGUCUUGCAGGAAACCUCACCACCCUCAGCCAUGUCCCAGAAUUCAUUCCCACCACUUUCUGCAGCUCCAGCAGCAGAUGAGACCUCACAGGUGGCAUCCACAUCCUCUGCCAUAUCCAUGGUUUCAUUCCCACCACUCUCAAUUGCUCCAGUACAAGAUGAGACCGCCCCUUUGGCUGAGAGUACCCAAGCUCAAAGUGUGCUUGCAAAUCGGGCUCUUCAAGAAUGGCAAGCAAUACGUGCCCAGCAAGACCAGGAAUAUAAUGACAAUUUGUUGGUGGAUCAGGAGAAGGAGAAGAAGAAACUAGCCUAUCAGGCCUGUGAGGAAAGGCGUCAAAAGGCUAUUGAAGCAAGACAUCAGCGUCUAUCUGCAUGUGAGGUACCCUCUGAUGGGGUGUUGAUCAAAUUUAAAUAUCCAGAUGGACACCUCAACAUGAGGAAAUUCAGCUUGUGUGAGCCAAUUCAGACCUUGUUUGACUUUGUGGGACAAGAUGAUGGUGCCAGUGAAAUCUUUGUGGUACAAGAAGCCACAUCAUCAAGAUCAAUUGAGAGCAGUUCCGCCGGGUCAAUAAUUGAUCAUGGCAUAAAACCAUCCUCAACUCUUUACGUACUUUGGUUUUCAAAUCACCAUGUACAGGAAAUUCUCUCAGGUCAACAAAAUGAUGGAGCUCAUGCCCUAAACCAUACAUCUCCUGGUCAGUCGUCGCUGUCUGAGCCCUCAACCCAGCCAAGUCUCUCUGUGACCUCCACCCACUCACUGCUGUUUGAGCCCUCUCUCCAGCCUCUGCCAUCUGAGAACUCUAUCCAGCCAUCGCUCACUCUGAUCUCACAACCACAAGAAAUCCUGACUGAUGAAGAACCAUCACUCCCUCCUUCACCUGUCCAGGAACCAAUCAUUGAUCUUGAUGAACAAGAGGAGACGGUUUCACAAAAUCAGUCUCCUGUAUCAACACAUCACCUUAGAGGACCUGUGGAUGAGAUUGAUCUACAGACCAUAUUGAAAAAACUGGUCAGCAAAGUAGAUGACUGCUUCUCUCCAACAAGCAACCAAAUAAAUGUGUGCAGGGACAAUGUUUUACCAUGUAGCCUGCGGGCGUUUAAACGGAAGUCCUUCGACCCUGAAGCAAGACUGGAUGUUGUCUUUGUGGAUGAAGAUGACAAUGGUGAAGGGGCAGUUGACGAAGGCGGCCCGACCAGAGAGUACCUAAGGCUGUUGAUGAGGGCCGUCCACCAAUCAAACAUCUUCGAUGGACAUGAGAAAGACCGGCAGUUGCGUCUUGAUACGCAAGCUUUACAGAGUAAACUGUACACCUGGGUGGGGAAAAUGAUAGCUGUGUGCAUCAUUCAUGGAGGAGUUGGUCCGCAUUUCUUCUCGGAAAGGCUUUUCCGGCAAAUCUGUGGAAUAGAAACGACCCCGGCCACGGUCGAUGAAGUUGGCGACCAUACUUUUAGGGAGCAGUUGAUGAAAAUACAGGAUGCAACAACAGUCAGAGAGGCAAACAAUGCAAUAACAGAGGCAGCAGAUAGUCUCAGUAUUAUAGGUGCCUUGAGACAUGUGUCCAGCCUGGAAGAGAAGGACUCCCUUGUCCAGUCAGCUGCUGACUUCUUUGUCAACGGCAGAUUGGCGACUGCCCUGGACCAGUUUGCUGAUGGGUUAAAAACCCUUGGAUUACUCAAAGAGAUGAGGGAGAAUCCGGCCGUGUUCUUCAACUUCUUUGUCAAUGAGGAAAUUCCCCUUCAGGCGAAGGACCUGUGCAAAUUAUUUGUUCCAGACUUCUCAGCGCAGGGCAGCAACCGGAGAAACCGAGAAAAUAUGACAAUCUGCUUCUGGCGUGACUGGUUGAUUGACAUAGAAGAAGGAGAAUGCAGUCCAGUCACCCUUGAGAGGGUUUUGGAAUUUUCGUCUGGAGCCUCUGUAGUCCCUCCACUGGGAUUUCCACACCCUCCUCAAAUACAGUUCAUUCAUGAAGAGAACCGAAUCUUCCCUGAAGCAAACACGUGUAUUGUUACACUAUCCCUGCCGCUGCACUCUUCUUAUGAAUGGUUUAAAAAACAUAUGAUGGAGGGAAUUUUGCAAGCGCCGACCUUUGGUCUUGCAUAAUGUUACCGUGUUUGUUUUUAAAAUUGUUCAGUGCAGGUUGUUAGAGGGCAUGCCUCUAUUGUUCCCAAUUGUUUUCUACAUUCUAGUUUUACAAGUGCUCUUUAACUUGGCACUUGUUGUUCUAAUCACAACCCCAUCACCAGAUUUGUGCCCACCCUCUGCCACUCUGCCAAUGCUGGGCCCACGACACAGGCCACAAUGCCUGUUAGUUGGGCAUCAACCACAGCUGCCAUCAAGUGCCAAGUGCACUUGCACCUUCACUUUUAAUGAUGUGGUACUCUGUUAAUGUUAUGUCCAAUUUCAUGCACUUUUUAAUAUUUUCUAUGUCCAAAUCUUACAAGUGCUCCUUGCCUCUGUGGCACUUGUUGUUCUCUUUACUGUGGUCAUCCCCACUUGCUGCACUCUCAAUAAAGUGGUCAGUGCUACAAU